AAUACACUAUUACGCCACUGUUAUAUUUUGUAAAUCCAGAUUUCCUACUUUUCCGGUCACGUGAAUAUCCGAAAUACACCAUGCAAAUAAGCAUGUAAAUUUAAAUUUAAUAUUAAAAAAUUAAUACCGAACAUUAUCAUACUCACUCACCUUUUAAACCUUCUCUGGACUUCCAUAAAUAAUUUAAGACCAAAAUGAGCCAAAUCGGUCCAGCCGUUCUCGAGUUUUAGCGAGACUAACAGCUAGCAUUAGAUUUUUAUAUAUAUUGUAUAUAGUAUAUUAUUAUCAAUGAUAUUAUUCUCACAUAAUUUAAACCAAAUUCCUAAAAUGUAUACGCAUUUAUGUAUCUACUGGCUUCAUUAAUGUUGAUUAAAUUAGGACUGGUGGUAUUUUCGGUACCUAUACCGAUAACUGGUAUUUUUGGCAUUUUAGAAAUAUGUAUCUAUUAAUUAUUAUUUAAAAAGAUUCAAACUAAUUAUCACGAUUUAUGCUUUCUUAGUACAAAAAUUGAUUAAAUAUAGUACAUUUAAUAUUUCAAAUUUCAAUCAAUGGUAGGUUCCUAUACAGCGAUAAUCUUGGUAUGUUUGGCAAAGAACCCGUCAAAAAUUCUACGUCGCGUGCGUGUUAGACAAAAACAGAAAAUCACGGUAACGAAUCCCCCGAGACAUGAAACCCAAUUGUAUGAUCAAUGUAUGGUUAUCAUCAUCACAAAAAAAAAAAUGAGAAAUACCUACCUAUAAAAUCAUAUUUAUUUAAUUUACCAUAAUAUUUAAAUAUAUAUAGUUGUUUAAGUAAAUGUCAAAUAAAUAAGUUUAUCAAAAUCGUCUAACGAAAAUAGGUCUGGCUCCGCGCCCUUUUUAGUCGUUAUGCAUUUAUUCUAGUCUACGUUUUUAAAUAAAUUAGUUUUGAAAAUAAUAAUGUAUUCAUGAAACUUACAAUUCCAAUGUAAAAUAAGUAGGUACCUAUACACGCGAUCGUUUCAAUGUAACUGUGUAGUUCAAUCUAAUUUUAUAUUCAAUUAUUUUUUAGUUACCAAUUUGUUUGAAUUGUAAUGAAAUUUGCUUACAGUAAUUCAGUAUUUAUAAUACUUUUAAAUCGUACAGACUACAGAAGCUACAGAUGUUAGUGAUUAUAGUUGCCUAUGUUAAAUUAAUUCUUUUUUUAUAAAAAUGUAAAAUAUAAAGUUUAGUUUAAGUAAAACUUAAACUGUAUCUAAUAUUGACUAUAAAUUAAAAUAAUAUGAAUACUUAUAUAUUUUAUAUUUUUGUUAAAUACUUCAUAAUUUUCCAACCACACAUAUCGGCUACAUCUUCAGUGAAUACAAAUAAAUUUAAGUAUGUUUAAAUUAUAUUAUUGUCUAUAGGUAGUUUAUCUAUAUUUAUUUUAUUUUAUGAUAAAUAUUAAAUCAAUUUUACAUUUAUAAUUGUUUCAAAGUUCUUAUAAAGAGAUAAAAUGGAAUUCUGAAUUUGAAAAUUUAGCUGUUGAUAUAACGUAUAAAUGGAAAGAUACGGCUACCUGCUUGAAUUUAAUACUGGACAAUUUUCAUAAUGGUAUAUUAGAUAAAGCAUUUUAUCGAGCAGUUUCUGGAAUACCAUUAUUUAAAACAUUAGUUGAUGAAUCGGAGGAUCUAAUGUCUCCAAAUUUUCAAACCUGGCAAAUUUUAAAUCAUGUUAGAAAAGAAGGAUGCAACAUGAAUAUAAUAUUUAUUCUAAAUGCUGACCAAACAAUGAGAUUACUAAAAUUUAGCGAUAAGCAUAGAAUGUUGGAUUCCAGAACAAAAUUCAUAUUAUUACACGAUCGUAGACUAUUUACAAAGCAACAUCAUACUAUAUGGACAAAAAUUAUAAAUGUUGUGUUUAUUAGAAAAUAUCGUCUUAAAGAUAUGUAUGAAUUAUCCACUGUUCCAUAUCCUGCUCCAAUCAAAGGGGCAUUGGUUACUCUGAGACUAGACAUAUGGAAUAAAAGAAAUUUUCAAAAAAAAACAGAUUUAUACACAGACAAAGUUUCAGAUCUACAAGGAAAUUUACUUAAAGUAGUUACUUUUAAUUAUAUUCCAUCAGCAAUAAAAAAUUCAGUAAUAAAUGAAAAUGAAGAAAAUUCUGGCUAUAAAAAGGGUUUAGAAAUUGAGGUUCUUAAAUCACUUGGAAGUGCAAUGAAUUUUAUUCCAGUCAUUUAUGAACCAAUAAAUUGGCGUACUGAACAAUGGGGUAAAAAGCAAAUUAAUGGAACUAUAUCAGGAUUGUUAGGAGAAGUAUGGUCUGCUCGUGCUGAUUUGGCACUGGGUAAUUUACAUUACACACCUUAUCAUCUAAAUAUUUUAGAUCUAUCCAUUCCUUACAACACAGAAUGUCUAACAUUCUUAACAUUUGAAUCAAAAACUGAUAACUCCUGGAAAACAUUGAUUCUUCCUUUCAGAUUAAAUAUGUGGGUUGGUGUUCUUAUUACACUUCUUAUUGGAGGUUUUUUGUUUUAUGCCCUUGCAACAGCCCACAAACAUAUUGAAGAUAGUGAAAACUCAAUUAAAAUGAUACAAUGUGAUACUAUGAAGACUAAAAUAUUAGAAAAGAAACCUGAACUACUAACAAAAAAUAAAGGAAUUACAAAAAGUACUAUAGAUAUAAUAAAAAAUAAAUUUGAAAAACUAAAAAUAAUCAAAGAACAAAAAUGUAUCAUCAACCAUACAAAAAAUAAAAAAUUGAAUAAACUCGCAAAUAAAGAUGUAAUUGGAUUAUACUUGUUUGAGGACAUAGGGAAUAGUAUUUUAUAUACUUUUGGGAUGUUAGUAGCUGUAUCAUUGCCAAAAGUACCCAGUGGAUGGGCCAUAAGAAUUUUAACAGGUUGGUGGUGGAUGUACUGUUUAUUAGUUGUAGUUGCUUACAAAGCUAGCAUGACUGCAAUCCUAGCUAAUCCAGAUACAAGGGUUACAAUUGAUACAUUGGAUGCUCUUGCUGAUAGUAACAUUAAUUGUGGAGGAUGGGGAGAGCAAUCAAAAGAAUUUUUCAUGACAUCACUAGAUAAAACUGGACAAAGAGUUGGUCAAAAGUUUCAAGAAGUGUAUGAAGUUGAUAAAGCUAUUGACUUGGUAUCUAAAGGACAAUUUGCAUACUAUGAUAAUAUACACUUUUUGAGAUAUGUAAAAGUGAUGCAAAAUACCAAAACAUAUGAAAAAAAUUCCCAGUUCAUUAAUGGUACAGUGAAUGAUACAAGUAAUGGAGAUUUUACAUUACAUAUAAUGUCAAAAUGUAUAAUAAAUAUGCCAAUAUCAUUAGGAUUACAAAAGAAUUCUCCAUUAAAACCAGCAGUUGAUAGAUUCUUGAGAAGAGUUAUAGAAGCUGGGUUAGUGAAAAAGUGGUUAAAUGAUGUUAUGUUGGACACAGUAAUACUUGAAGAACCACAACAAAUUGAAGAAGUUAAAGCACUUAUGGACUUAAAAAAACUUUAUGGGGCAUUUGUUGUUUUGGUUGCUGGUUAUAUUUUAAGUAUAUUGGUUUUAUUAAUUGAAAUUGGUUAUUGGUAUGGAGUGGUAAAAAAAGAUCCACUAUUUGAUGAGUAUUCAUUAAACUGUUAUUAUGCACAACAAUAGAUGUAAACAAAUAUAAUGCUAUGUGAUGAUUUAGAAUACAAUGCUAUAUUGAUGAAA